AUUAUGAGUCCAAUUUUAAAGGAUCCUCAUUUAUAUCAAUGGGAUCUAUUAUUUCAACACCUAAUUCUUCUAAUUUUUGCUGGAAUAGAGAUUAAACCAUAUGCUACAAGAUAUUCUCCAAGCACUAAAUAUGGUAGAGAAUACUCAUACAAGUUAGACCAUAGAGAAAUUAUUGAAAAAAUGCAAGAGAACCUAGGUAAUAAAGAUUUUCUAUGUGAAAAACCAGAUUCUACUAAUUCUACUAAUUCUACAGAGAAAUCAAUUGAGGAUGAAUUGGCAACUUUGGACUCUGCUCAUACAGAUCAAUUUUUAGAAGAAUCUUUCACAGCAGAAGCCCCUCUUACUACUAAUUCUACUAAUUCAAUUCCUGAACUAGAAAAUGAUGAUGAUGCUGACCAAUCUUUAAACUCGCCUGCUGAAUGCAGUAAAUCUUCUGCACCUAUCACUAAAAAAGUCCUGCCUCCUAUUCCCCCAAAACCGAUCAAACUUCAAGUAAAAAAAGAGUCAAUUCCUGAACCAAUUUCUGAGUCAGUUCCUGAACCCGCUAAUCUUGAAUUAGAAGGUCCAGAGUUACAUCCACAGAUAGAUGAGGAUGAAUUCUGGAGUGCCAUAUUAUCUGAAAUUAAUAUUCCUGAACCAAUUUCUGAGCCAGAAAUUAUUAAUUCAACUCCAGAACCAACUUCUGAACCUAUUGUCUAUAUGGAUAAAAAACUUGAAGAAUUAUAUCAGGGCAUAAAAGCUAAUUGGGAAAAAUGUAGUAAUGAUCCUGAAGAUUUUGAUUGGGGGCUUUUCAUCGAAGAAAUAAUAGAUCAUAAAAACCAUUUGCAAUAUGAUUAUCAGAAAGAUCUGUUCCAUAUGCACAUCCAAGAAAAAAUUAGAACCAGGAUUCCAAAUCAUCAAUUUCAAGUACUUCUUCCCUAUGAGAAUUACAAACCUGGCUCAUGGUUUGAGGAUGGAGAAGAUAUAUCAUUAUUUUUACUACUAGAUCAUUAUGAUGAAUUGCAAUUGCCAGAAGGUGGAGGAGAUCCUGUAACUUAUAAUCAAUUUAUUGUAUACAUGAUGGAUCCUCCCACAUUAGCUGGUGGUUGUAAUGCAUGGAGUGCACUUUCUUCAAAAGAUCCAAAAAGGGAUAGAAGAUUAAAUGAUUGUCUCUAUCAAUGUUUAUAUUACACUUAUGGAACAUUCUCAAAUCUCCCAAGAACUAUUGAAAAGCCGGAUAUUCUUAAACAAAUUUUGGGACUAGAAAGAUGCAAUCCUAUUCCAGUACAUCUUAUUGAAAAAGUAGAAAAAUUAGCCAAGUCUAUUGCCAUUAACAUAGUUGGGGAUGCAACUUGA